AUGGUGCUCAUCGACGUGCAAAGUGGGAAAUUCUCGCUCGCAGACGUCUCUUUUGCAAAUUCGCUGGUACAAUUUUACGGAAAGCGUGGGGAGCUCGACGCAGCUUUUGCGGUUUUCACUGACAUUCGGAAAAAGAGCACACUGUCAUGGAAUCUUAUAAUGUCGGCAUAUGCCCAUAGAGGGCAUAUGCAAAAGGCGGAGGUAAUGUUUGAAGCCAUGCCGUACCCAAAUAUCGCGUCGUGGACGACGAUUCUUGCAGGGUAUGGCCGAAUCGGCCAUGUCGAUCAUGCAUUUUCCAUAUUUCAGAAAAUGCCACAAAAGAACGUUGUAACAUGGAAUGCCAUGAUUUCAGCAUUUGCCAUGAACGGGCAUUUGCAAGAUGCACUUGAGUGUUUUGAAAAGAUGCUCCUAGAAGGAACUGGACCCAGCGUUUCCAGUUUCAUAAGUUUAGGUUCCGAAUCUCUGCAUCAUCACUUUAUAACUAUGAUCCAAACCGUUGCCAAUGAUUGUGGACUGAUCUCGAGUCCUCAAAUCGCAACAUCUCUAAUCACAUGGCUCACAAAAACAGGAAGUUUCAAUCAAGCCCAAGAGGUCUACAACAAAGUUCCUUUGCACAAAAGAGACACAAUCCUUCGCACUGCUAUGAUCUCUGCAAAUGCCCAGGCCGGGCAUCUGUGCCAAGCGGAGGAAAUAUUCCAAAACAUCGCCGUCAAGGAUUCCGCGGCGUGGAACGUGAUGAUCUCCGCAUACUCCACAAACAGCGAGCUCCCCAAAUCAGUAGCAGCAUUUAAUUCCGCUCCACAAAAAAAUGUGGUUGCCUGGUCCGCCAUGAUCUCCGCAUAUGCCCGUCACGGCCUCCACUCGGACGCCGUGCGAACGUUUUCCACGAUGGAUCUCGAAGGCGUCCGCCCAAACAAGAUCACAUUUUUAAACGUCUUGGAUGCCUGCGGAUCCGCGUCACUGCUCCCAAUGGCCAAGCUCAUUUGCUCCGAGGCCGCCAGCUUGGGCCUGGACGAAGACGUGAGCGUCGGCAGCGCGAUUGUCUCGGCCUUUGGAAAGUGUUCCACUCUGGAAGCAACUCUCGAGGCCUUCCAAUCGAUCCGCCACACGAACAGCGUUGUCCCCUGGACAGCCGUGAUCACCGCGGCUGCUCGAGCUGCGGAUUGGGAUGCGUGCCUGGGCCUGUUUCGAGACAUGAUCUCGGAAGGCGUGAUGCCAAACCAAGUCACUUUCCGCAGCGUUUUGUGUGCCUCGAGUCGUCGCGGGGAGCUGGCCACCGCCUUGGAUCACUGCUCAUCGAUGGCGGCUGAUUUCGACGUUGAGAUGGCCGAGGAGCAUUACGUCUGCGUUGUUGACAUGCUUGCCAGGGCCCGAAUCCCGGGGGACUGUCGCGACUUGAUGCAGCAUAUGCCCUUCCAGCCAGGGGUUGUCGCGUGGACCAACUUGCUGCUCAGCUCAGGCCACCAUCACCAGCUAGACGCCGCCAAAAAAGUAGCUCAGCUAGAUUCCAAACUCGCCAUACCGUAUGUUCUUUGGUCGAAUGCUCGCGCUCGAGAGAGCUGA